AUGUCUGAAUUGACAUUAGGAGGUACUCACACCCAACACAACGAAUUCACCGGCGUUGAAGUCUCCCUCGAAAUGGCUGCGUUUUCGCCCUUCUCUUCGUACAUCCUUGGCACGGCCUGCUUCGCCCGUGGUCUUAUGACUAUAUUCUCGCCAGAGAAGGAGUACAAUAACAUCGGCCUGCCAUUUGACAUUCAGGAUGAGGGUCCUUCCCCGACGGACCAGUACGAUGUUUCUGGUAUUAGCUUCACGUCGCCGCUCAUGUAUUUUAAGGGUAUUCGUGAGAUCAGCUAUGGCCUGACCUUGGUAGCUUUGGAGUGGCAGGGAAAUGCAGCCGCCGUCACUACGUUCGCAGCCGUUCUAUCUCUGGUCAGAUUUGGGGAUGGGUUGGUCGUCUGGCUAAAUGGGGGUGAGAAGCUGAAAUUUAAGGCCAUGGGCCAUUGGAUCACAGGCGUCAGCUUCCUCGGAUGGGUAAUUCGAAGGUGGAGGUAA